AUGCCAUGGAGCCGAGAAUCAAAUUCCAGAAACGUAAAACGCGCGUGUUAAUUUGUUCCUUCGUUAACGAGUUAUACGUUUUUUCAGAAGCAGAAGACAGACAGGAAGGGAGAACGAGAAGGAAAAAUGUGGUUGCCGAGGACGUGCGUACUGCUUGUUCUAUUAGCUGCGGCGAAUUGCGAGAAACACGAGGUGGAGGAGGAGAAUGCCUCGUCUGUGUUUCUCGAGGCUGCUAAAUCUUUCUUUUCCAACAAGGAUAAUCUGAACGGCCUACAGGGUUUGGCAAGAACGUUCUUGCAAUCGGAUGGCAGAAAAGGGGCCAGCAAUGGAUUCGACGGGAAAUCCAAUCUAGACGGUGUCGGACAAAUCGUGUCUGGCAUAGAAAGUUUAUUCUCUGGCAGCGAGAAUGGUCAAGGAUUCGAUUUCUCUGUGAUCGGUUCGAUUCUCGACGGUGUAAUGAACUCUGACAAAGGCAGCAAGAGAUCAGCUAGAAGCGUGGAGGCGAAACAAGAGCCUGGGAUCGAUCUGCAGGGCAUCGUGAACAUGGGAAGCAUGCUGAUGGGCCAAAAUGGCAAUUCUGACUUAAUGAUGGGAUUGAUACCGAUGCUGCUGUCGAAUUUCGGCAACGAUAACAACGAGGUUGACGGCGCAUCGAACAAGAUACACGACCACUCUGGACAUUCUUGGUACAUGCCGCCGAUCCUUGAAAAUCUGCACGUGAUGUGGGACCAUUUCAGUAACUCGGAGCUGGGUCAAACGUUGUGGGAGAAGAGCGGUUUGUCGAAGUUCGUGGGCCAAAUUUCGGACUCCAAGGGACGUAUACAAUACGAGAAGCUGCUGAAAAGCCUCGAGAACUCAAGUCUGCGUCGCAGUCUGAUACGAUUGUUGACGAAUUAUAUCGGAGAAUGGAUUUCCUACAUCUCUGAUCCGCAGAUUCAACAGCGUUACUUGAAUACCGCUCAGUUCGUGGGGAACAGUUUCCUGAAGUCGCAGGGAUUCCCAAAAUCGGCCAUGUUCGAUUCGAUGAGACCGGUGGAGAGUCUUUCUAGUUCGACAAUAAUUCCAAAAGGUGUAUAUUUGAAAUUGAAUUUCAUUGCGCGAUUAUAUCUCAAUAGAUUAGUGAACGCAGUGGGUAAGAGGCACUUGGGCAUGAAAAUUGACAGUUCGCAGUAUAUCAAGCCAGCUGUAUCAUACAUCAAAGAAUUAAUCACUCUUGCCUCUGAGAAAGGAUUUAUCAUGUCUCGAGUAAACGCCAGAGAGAUCAGCAACAGGCUCAGUGAUAUGAUCAACAAUGACAUUAGCAAUCCAAUACUGAAGUCUUAUCGGGCAUACAAAUGGUCGAUCAAAAGGCCGCAAUGCGCCAGUCAAAUCUUGUGCACUGUCAAUGAAAAGAACGAACAGGAUACGAAACAACCUCGUUUGAGAAGUUAUUUAUUGAAAGUGACCAGUUUCCCUGCUGCUUGGGCUGUGAGUAAUAAGCUAGGAAUUAAUUUCUGGUAUCUUUAUGGAGCUAUCAUGGAACACGACAAGUGCACUAAUUGUUCUAACGUCUCUUUCGAUUUUCAGCAAAAAUAUCCGGCCGACUGUACAGAUUUCCACGAAGAGGAGAUCCGAAUUACGACGGAGAACGUUCACAGUGAACUUUAA